UACAUUUCAAUCCACCAGGAAACGACGGAUGCUUCAAUGGCAUCCAUCAAAAUUCGUUCUAUUUCCCCUCUUCAUUCGGACCUCUCAAUUUUCAUUUUUUUUUUAAAUAUUUUAUCACAAUUUCACCUUUUCUUCUCCAAUUCAAUUUCAAUUUCAAUUUCAAUUUCAAUUUCAAUCUGCGUCCUGAAGAUUAUUUAUUGAAUAGACAGACGGUAUCCAAUUUCGUGACCUAGAAGAAAGGUUAUAUUGUUUCAAAAUUGGCUGUGUGUGUGUUCCUCUAAUGCUGGAGGUUUGGUUUCGACUUUGGAUCGAUGCAGCAAGACGCAACCAUGUAUUUCUCCAAACUUGAAGAUUCCCCCAUGUUUCGGCAACAGCUCCAAUGCUUGGAAGAAAUUGCAGACACUUUGAGGGAAAGAGGUUCAAAGUUCUCUAAAGGCUGUCGAAAAUAUACAGAAGGCCUUGCAGAAGCGUAUGAUAAAGAUAUCGCCUUUUCAGGCUCCCUUGAACAUUUCGGUGGAGGAUCGGAUCCAAUUUCCAUGGCAUUUGGCGGCCCGGAUAUGAUCAAAUUUGCAGUCGCUUUGAGAGAACUGGGAACGUACAAAGAAAAUCUUCGAUCUCAGAUUGAGGAGACACUAAGUGAUAGGUUACUGCGAUUUACCAAUGUCGAGCUGCAAGAUAUCAAGGAAGCUAGGAAGCGAUUUGACAAAGCCGAUGCUGUUUAUAGCCAGAUACGAGACAAAUAUUUAUCACUAAGGAAAAGUACGCGGUCAGAAGUAGCUUAUGCCACAGAAGAGGAACUUUACAGUGCCAGAAUGAUGUUUGAGCAAGCUCGCUUUAGUCUGGUUUGUGCUCUUUCAAAUGUUGAGGCGAAAAAGAGAUUUGAGUUUCUGGAAUCUGUCGGUGAAGCAAUGGACGCCCAUCUUCAGUAUUUCAAGCAGGGAUAUGAAUUAUUACUUCAAAUGGAGCCUUGUAUCCACCAGGUAUUAGAAAAUGCACAAAAAUCUAGAGAAAGCCAUUGUACCGAGCAGCAAGCGUUAAAUGAAAGGAUACAAGAGUACAAAAGGCACAUUGAUUUUGGAAAUAAAAGUUGUAGUCUUUCCAUUAGUAAUCGAGAUUUAGCACACCAAAAUUCUAAAAACUCCCAGAAGUUAGUACAAGCGGUUAUGCAGUCUGCUGCAGAGGGGAAGGUUCAAAACAUCAAACAAGGAUAUCUCUGUAAACGCUCUUCGAAUCUAAGGGGGGAUUGGAAAAGAAGAUUUUUCGUUCUUGAUAAUCGAGGGAUGUUGUAUUACUAUCGCAAACAAAUGAGCCGACCCUCUGGUUCAGGUGCACAAAGAAGUAAUACCACUGAACCUGGCCCGGGAUUGCUGAGUAGGUGGCUAUCUUCUCAUUAUCACGGUGGCGUUCAUGAUGUCGCACGCCACACGGUCAACCUGCUUACGUCUACCAUUAAGCCUGACGCAGAACAGUCAGACCUCAGAUUCUGUUUUAGAAUUAUUUCACCGACAAAGAUAUACACUUUGCAGGCAGAGAGUGCACUGGAACAAAGAGAUUGGAUCGACAAAAUAAACGGAGUCAUUGCGUCAUUGUUAACUUCCCAAUCACCUGAGAUGCAUCUAUGUAACAGUCCCACAGGUAAAACUGGAGAAAAACCAUCGGGUCAAGAUAAAAAGACUUAUGAAAAAUGUACCGACAAGGAUCAUGAUCCGAGAAACAUGAUGCGUGUAUGUAAAAGUUCACAACAGUUACAGUAUGGUGUGAGAACUGAGAGGCCUGUCGACACUUUAAAAAAGGUGCCCGGUAAUGAUAAGUGUGCGGAUUGUGGUUCACCUGAACCCGAUUGGGCUUCGUUAAAUCUUGGUAUUCUUAUCUGCAUCGAGUGUUCUGGUGUUCACCGAAAUCUCGGUUGCCAUAUAUCCAAGGUAAGAUCUUUGGAACUUGAUGUGAAGGUAUGGGAACCUUCGGUCAUCGCUUUGUUCCAGUCACUCGGUAACGUAUUUAUUAAUUCUAUAUGGGAGAAAUCGCUGUCGAAAGAGUCCAUUGGGAAGCCCGGUUCUGAAGAACAUAUAUCCACAAAGGAAAAGUUCAUUCAUGCAAAGUAUGCAGAAAGGCGUUUUAUACAAAAGGUAAAGGACCCGCGUCACCUUAUUUUACUCGAACAACACUUAUGGGAAAACGUGCGUGCCAACGACAAAAAAGCGGUUCACCUCCUAAUUAUAAUAUGUGAAGUGGAUGUGAAUGCUGCUCAUGGUCAUGCCUCAUAUAUAUCUUCAUCGGUAGCUCGAAUCAUGCACUUUGAAGACGAUAGUAAUGCUGCUGACCAUGAGUUUGACUAUCUAAAAGAUUACACUACAGAUAAUUCAUCGAAAUCAUCGUUGAACUCAAUCAGAGAGAUUGAUGAUCCUUUAACUAAUGAAUCUCUUAAAGGGUGUUCGCUGCUCCACCUGGCAUGCCAAACUGCUGACUGUACCAUGGUGGAACUGCUUUUACAGCAUGGUGCGAACAUUAACGCUUCUGAUUCGAAUGGUCAGACGCCACUGCAUCAUAGUAUAAUCAGAGGAAGACUUGCGAUUGCACAGUUACUUCUUAGCAGGGGAGCGAAUCCCCUAGCAGCGGAUACAGAAGGGAAAACGCCACGUCAGCUUGUGACGGAAUUGGGAAUUGAUGAUAUCCAAAUCCUUGCCCUCUUACGAGAACCCAAAAGAUAACAUAUUAGCAUAUACAUAAUAGGUCACCUGUAUGUAUAAGACACAAAUAGAUCUGUUUUUUGAAAAGUACAUGAUAUGAUUUUUUUUUUUUACUUUUUUAAAAGUAAAAGAAAUUUGGAGGCUAGAAUCCAUUAUUUCUUGUUUUUGGUAUAUAAAACAUACAACUGUGUUAAACGAGUUGUAUUCAUAUUUAAUACUUGUAUUAUUCGUGUCGUCAGAGGCCUGUUAAACACGAUAAGACACGAUUUGUCAACCCUGUCAUAGAAGAAUUUGAUAAAGGGUCUACAUUUUGUUGUAUAGAGACAAAUGGUUGAUAUACUUUGUGUAUGUUCAUAAAUUCCCAUUUUUU